GAGGGCCAGCCGCUGGUCCAGCGGGGACAGCGCCACCUGGUGAACGGGAUCGACAACCCCGCCCUGGAUCCUCACUUCAUCAACGAAUGCGGGGUCCCGAUGAGAAGCCACUACCCCCCUGACGUCCUCCACGGGAACAACCCCCAGACCCCCAGCUCCUCGGGCACCACCGACAGCACCGAGGCCAAUUCCGUCAUCUUCAACAAAUCUCAUGGAUCUCAAGUGGAGAAACUCCAGUCGGACAAGAGUCCCAGAGGGACGCUGGAGAAGCGGAAGGCGUCGGGGGUCUCGGCGAAAGCGAAGGAAUUCGCGGAGAAGAAAUACUCUCAUCUGAGGGAGAUCAUCUCGAGCAAGCUGGGAGGGAAGCAAGCGGCCGGGGCGCAGGAGGACGCGAAGCGCGCGGUCGUCGAGGAGAAGCCGCAGGACGCCUACGGCCAUCACUACGCCCUGAAUCAGCAGCAUUACAUGAGGCCCUCGAAUAACAGGCCCCUGGGAAGACGAGGGGGUGCGGAAGGGGGAGAAGAGGAAGAGGAACUCAGCACGGUGCAUGCUUCGCGGGUCCUGGUCGAAUCGGAUGAGACCGGCGGGACCGGAGCGCCACCUGGAACAGGGGCGCCACCCGGAACAUCCGGACCAGGCCCUCAAAUGUCCCCCGGCGGACCAGGCCCUCAGAUGUCCCCCGGAAGUUCAGACUACGAGAAGGGACAUUCCACCUCUGAUUCCGGUCGUGGAACCCUGGGACCCAGGAAGGCCGGGACCCUGGAUCGCCCCCUCGACACCAGCGGGGAUUCCGAUCCCUAUGGGCCCACGCGAUCCUUCGGAGAGAAAGGACGUCGGAGAGGCGGCGGGACCUCGACGGUGAGCGAGAGCCUGUCCGUGACGCCACCCUUGCCCCCGCUGUCGCCGGGGCCCUCGCCCCCUCACACGCCCCUUGGCCAUCCGCUCGCCGCCUCGAACCCGCCUCACAGGGAACACAGGAAGAAUCGGUUUCAGCAUCUCUUCCGCUUGCCCGACAGUGGGAGCUCGAUGCUGUCGAAACCAGAUCUCCUGGAGCAAUCACCAGGAGGAGCCGGAUCUGACGACCUGCGAGCCCAGACCUCUCGGAUCCGGACGUGGAGAGAGGACUCGGUGCUCCUCGAGGAUAACAAGCAUGGGAAACCUCAGGGGAAAGAUGAUCUCGGCCUUCCGAAGAGAUAUUCUAACAAGAUCCCACUAGAUCUGUCGGUAGAAAACGACGGGGACGUGACCUCCACCACGACGACAGCCCUGGACAUGGAAUCCCUCCUCGACGGAACCGAGAUGACAUCCGACGACGACUACAGCCAGUCGGCGGACGCCCUGGCCAUCCAGCGGCAGCUGCAGGGCCUCGAGGCCAUGUACUCCCAGGUGCUCAGGCUGCUCAGGGGCAAGGGCUUCUCUACGCCCAGGGGGGUGGAGGAGUCGGGGGGCAAGAGGAGGAGGAGGACCUACGGGAGCCUGUCGUCCCUGCCCUCCUCCGUGGGCAACUCGGGCGUGAGGAGCAAGGACAAGAGGCGGCUGGACGAGAGGCGAAAGACGAAAGAGCCUCGCAGCGUGGCGAAGAGAUUUCAGCGUCUGGAAUCCCACGUCGUGACUUUGGCUCGAAGCGUGGCUCAUCUGUCAUCGGAAUUGAGGAACCAACACCACCUCUUUCAGGAGGUGGAGAGCCUGAAGGCGGAGAUGGCAGAGUUGAGGACGCGAGGCGGCGGGCGGCCGUGGCCGUCCCACCAGCACCACGCCCAUGCGGGGUACACGAGGGAGCUGCUCCGGGCGAGCCUGCCGUCGCUGACCAAUCCGGGGAGGGUCCGGAAGCUGACAAAGUUCUUCGGGGACGAGCCGCCGCUGCUGAGGUUGUUCCUCAAGCGGCUCGGGUAUGAGAAAUACGCAGCGAACUUCGAGGCGGAGGGGGUGGGGAUGGUGGAGCUGCCUUACAUGACGGAGGAGAGGCUG